AUGAUAGAUUUAUUCAUUUCUGUACCUAAGUAUUUAACAAAAUUCAAUAGAAUAAUUUAAUACAAGGAGAACAUGAGAAUGUUAUUGCUGCUGCAAUAGUUAAAUAUAGUGGUGAUAUUAUUUUUGCAAGUAGAGGAGGAAUAAUUCCUUCAGUAAUUGCUUAAUAAGCAAAAUGUAGUAUUGGUACUUUAAAGAUGUUUCAUAAAAAGGUUAUGGAAAAUAAUUAUUUUGUUUUGCAAACAUUGGAAAACUUAUCAUGA